AUGGCAUGCUCCUCUGUUGCCAUCGAGGCUACUCUGCUCCUCUGCAUCCUCGUAGCCCAUGCCCAUGGUUGCGGCGCCAAGAACCACACGCCACCUCCUUCCCCGGCCAUCAAGAAACUGCCCUACGGGGCCACUCCUCCUGCGGCCAAUUCCAGCUGGCUCGACGCCAAGGCGACAUGGUACGGCGCGCGCCACGGUGCAGGGCCCAACGACAAUGGUGGUGCGUGCGGGUUCAAGAACGUCAACUUGCCGCCCUUCUCCGCCAUGACCUCCUGCGGCAAUGAGCCACUCUUCAAGGACGGCAAGGGCUGUGGCUCGUGCUACCAGAUAAGGUGCUUAAGGUCAAACCACCCUGCGUGCUCCGGUGUGCCGGAGACAGUGAUCAUCACGGACAUGAACUACUAUCCGGUCUCUCCCUACCACUUCGACCUCAGCGGCACUGCCUUUGGAGCCAUGGCCAAGGACGGCCGCAAUGAUGAGCUCCGCAAUGCGGGCAUCAUUGACAUGCAGUUUCGGAGGGUGCCGUGCCAGUACCCGGGGCUGGCGGUGAUGUUCCAUGUGGAGAAGGGGUCGAACCCGUUCUACAUGGCAAUCCUGGUGGAAUACGAGAACCGCGACGGCGAUGUGAAACUGCUGGAAAUCAUGGAGUCACGUCCGGUCGCCGGCAACGGCGGCGAGAUGGCUCCAACGGGGGAGUGGGUGCCCAUGAAGGAGUCAUGGGGAUCCAUCUGGAGGAUGGAUGCCCGGCACCGCAUGCAGGGGCCAUUCUCGUUACGCAUCACUAACGAGUCUGGCAAGAUGCUCGUCGCCGACCAGGUCAUCCCCGCUGACUGGAAGCCGGAAAAAGUAUACAGCUCGGUCAUCCAGUUUGAUUAA